AGAGUAGUCAAUUUUACGGUCCGCAUUUGGAGCUCGGCCAGUCACGAUUGUCCACCCCAACUCGCACUCCAUCUUCGCAUUGACCAUCCAAGCACACACAGUGCAUAAAUGGCUCCUGCACAGACAACAGAACAAAGUUUUCGAUCCAACUUGUCCCAAUUCCGGUGGGCGAGGGGUGUGACUGACGACUCCCAGCAUGCGCAGCAGCAACAACAACAGCAACAGCCCUCAGCGUUCUCCCGCUUCUACAACGCCGUCGCAGGCGAUUACAUACCACUAAGGUCGGGCGAACGGUCGAACGAAGAGGAGGCGUGGUUUGCGUUGUCUAGAUGGGACAGGUUAUUGGGAUUCGGCGCAUGCUUGAUUGGAGCGGUUGUCUGUUUCUUCUUUGCGUUCAUGGGACUGCCAUGGCUCCCAGUACGCCCAGCGAAGUUUGCUUUGGCGUUUAGGUGCGGCGCAUUCCAUGUCGAAAUGCGGAACGUGUUCACUUACACCCUAUGUGUUCUUUCUUGCCUUCACAGCAUGGGAAGUCUGCUGGUCAUGAUUGGGUGGGUCACCGUUCUUGCAGAAUCGAUCGAUCCGAGAUGCUUAACCACCAAUAACAGCUUCUCGAUCCUGGUCGGACCAAUCAACCACAUCAAACACCUGCUCUCUCAAGAGCGACUACCUUUCUCCGCAGUCUACUUCUCUAGCCUAGGGCUCACGCUGUAUUUCUCGCUCGGGGCACAAUCGUACCUGGGUUCCCUGGUCGCUGGGAUAGUCCAGGUUGUCGCGCUCGUUGCCUAUGUGCUUGCAUACUUCCCAGGUGGUACCCAAACCCUUCGUUUUGGUGGACAAGUCGCUCUCAGAGGUGCAGGGAGCCUUCUUCCCAUCUAACUUCCCCGAACUCCCCACUGCCCACUAUUUCUCACCGUUGUAACUAAUUUCACUGAUAUUUAUUCGCGUUUCGCCAUCUAUAAGGCGCCAAUAUGUUUUGUUCGAGGGCUAUGCAUUGUUGCAUUCCCAGAAUUAAAUACGUCCC